UGAUGACAUCUUCACCCAUCAAAGGAAUUUUACGCCGUGUGCUCUGUGCUGUCAUCUUCCUGGGUUGCUUUGUGACUUUAAUAAUAUUGUAUGUCAAUCCAUCCAAUAGCUGGAUCUCCGGUCCCAUGGAGUCAGCAUCCUCUGUGUUCAAGAUAAAAAAAUUGUUCUCAUCAAAAAAUGAGGCGUUGGAAAAUCAAACUAUUGUGCUCAUUUGGCUCUGGCCCUUUGGACAGACCUUUGAGUUGAAUUCCUGCAGCUCUCUAUUUAACAUCCAAGGUUGUCUCUUAACAGUGGAUAGGAGCCUAUAUAACAAAUCUCAUGCAAUCCUUAUCCACCACAGAGACAUCACCUCGGACAUCUCCAAUGUACCACAAACUGUUCGACCCCCAUUCCAGAAGUGGAUAUGGAUGAACCUCGAAUCUCCAACCCACACUUCACAAACAUCUGGACUCGAGCACCUGUUCAACCUGACUUUAACUUACAGACGGGACGCUGAUAUUCAAGUGCCUUAUGGAUCCCUGAUUGGAAACCAGGAGCCUAUGGAGUUUGUUCUACCCAUUAAAAACAAAAUGGCCUGUUGGGUUGUGAGCAACUGGAACCCUGACCAUGCUAGAGUGAAGUACUACAAUGAGCUGGACAAGCACAUUGAAAUCCACACCUAUGGCAAAGCCUUUGGCGAGUACUUGGAUGACUUGAUUUCCACGGUGUCCACUUGUAAAUUUUAUCUGUCCUUUGAGAAUUCCAUCCACAAGGACUACAUCACAGAGAAGCUGUAUAAUGCUCUGCAGGCAGGGUCUGUACCAAUCGUUCUGGGGCCUUCAAGAGAGAACUAUGAGAAUUAUAUCCCUGGUGACGCGUUUAUUCACGUGGAUGAUUUCCUUUCACCAAGAGAGCUGGCGGAUUACCUUAUAGCCCUGGAUAAAAAUGAGGAUAUGUACCUCCAGUACUUCAGCUGGCGGAAACACUUUUCAGUGAGGAUGGCAAGGUUUUGGGAGGAACACGCUUGUCUCACCUGUGAUCAUAUUAGAAGACACCAGGAGUACAAGUCGCUUCCUAAUCUUAAAACAUGGUUUUGGAAAUAAAAACAUGCAUUGCAGGGCCCUAUUCACAAAGAUUUAACUCAUGAAUGCUUUGAUAAUAUAAUGAUUGUUUGA